UGGUCGUAGCUUGCCCCUCCCUUGGUAAGAUGGCGGCGCCCAGCUGUACUGCGUCUGGCGCCUGGGUCCGGGGUUCCGGCCCGCGUUUGGGGAGUCUUUUCACUCUCAUCUCAAAGCCAUUUUGUUCCACCGCUGCUGCUACUAGGCCUCUGAAUGCCCAGAGACUAGCGGAGAGGCUCCGAGCCCAGAAACGGGAACAAGAGAAGAAAAAGCCGGAACCAACAAACCGUAUUCAACGGAGAGUGCAAGAACUCGUGCGAUUCACACGGCAGCUGCAGCGAGUUCACCCUAACGUCCUUGCAAAGGCACUGAGCCGAGGGAUUCUCCACCAGGACGAGGACCUUGUGGUCAUCAAUAAGCCCUACGGUCUUCCUGUCCAUGGUGGCCCUGGGGUCCAGCUCUGCAUCAGUGAUGUGCUGCCUAUCCUGGCAAAGAUGCUUCAUGGCCACAAGGCAGAGCCCUUACAUCUGUGCCACCGGCUAGACAAGGAAACCACAGGCGUAAUGGUGUUGGCUUGGGAGAAAGAUGUGGCACAUCAAGUCCAAGAGUUGUUUAGAACCCGUCAGGUGACAAAGAAGUACUGGGCCAUCACUGUGCAUGUCCCCGUGCCCUCGGCAGGAGUCGUGGAUAUUCCCAUCAUUGAGAAGGAGGUGCAAGGCCAGCAGCAACACCACAAGAUGACGCUGUCCCCAAGCUACCGCAUGAACGGUGGUAAGAUGGUCAAAGUACGGACCAACCGGAAUGCCCACAUUGCCAUGACUCAGUACCAGGUGCUCAGCAGCACUCUGUCCUCUGCCCUCAUGGAGCUCCAGCCUGUAACUGGAGUGAAACAUCAACUUCGAGUUCACCUGUCUUUUGGAUUGGAUUGCCCAGUCCUUGGUGAUCACAAGUACUCAGACUGGAAUAGAUUGGCCCCUCAGAAGCUUCCUGUUGGCAUUCUGAAGAAGUUGGGGCUGGAACAGUCAAAGGCCCGCCACAUCCCCCUUCAUCUGCAUGCCCGGCAGUUGAUGCUACCUGCCCUGGGGUCCAGGAAGGAGGAACUCCAUUUGGUCUGUAGGCUUCCUCACUUCUUUGCACGUUCUCUGCGUCGUCUGGGUUUAGAGAUUCCAAAUCAAGAUUAAAUUGGGGACAAUGAAGCCAGGCAUCUGAGAGUACAGUGAAGACUCUUUGGCCCCUGACUCUGCUUUGUUUCGUGGACUGUUGUAACUUCUCACUUGGAACAGACUCCAGAAGAGCCUGGUGGCAUAAAUUGAAGAAACUCAGCUGUGUCAGGGCUUUUAAUGGAGAAUAAAAUCUAUUCACUGAGAGUCUGAGCAUUCUAUGAAAAAGCCUGCUGGAAAUCUCCCCACCACAGGGUCUCCUUGCCAAGAUGCAAGAGAGCCCAGGACCAGGGCAAUUGGUACAGUAAUGGAAAAAAGGAGAACUAAAGGACAAAAUCUGUGGUCAGGAAUUAUUUUUAUCCAACAUCUUGAGCUAUCAGGGAGAUUCUUGUCAUUGUAAAGAACAUAAUAGUUAAACAGAUUUACGGAAUCCAGAAUUCUUUCUGGCUAUCAAUGGAGUCCUCACUGUACUAGUGCUUAUGGAAUCUAGGAAGGGAGUGUUCAGGGUCUGGAUGGGGUAGGGCUUUUGAUAAGAAAGCAGGUGUAAAUGGCAGGCAGCUAACAAAUGAGUGAAGCUGCCAGGAUGUAAGGCAGUGGUGGGGACAAACCUAGGAGUUUCGUUUUUUGAUACUAUGGAUUGAAACCAGCGGCGUUUAAGCACUAAGCCACACCCCCAGCCCUUUUCGUAUUUUAGAGACAGGGUCUCGCUAAAUUGCUGAGGCUGGCUUUGAACUCAUGAUCCUCUUGCUUCAACCUCUUGAGCUGCUGGGAUUAUAGGUGUGGACCCCUGUGCCAGGCUUCACACACUGUUUUAAUAGUUGUUAGCUCCAAGUGGUUGUUACCCUGUGGAGGCAUAUUUUUAAAAAAUUUUUUUCAGAGAAUAAGGCAAUCUAGAAGCUAUGUGAACUCCUAGCCAAUUGCCAGCUAAAUCAAAAUUUUAAAAAGACACUUAGCCAAGCAUAUUUGCAGAAUGAAUUUGGUCUACAGGUUGCUAGUUUGCAAUCUGUGUUUAAUGAAUAGUAAGUGUAAAAGUUGGGGGAGAGAAGCCAUCUUGAAAGUUUUAGUUCAGUAGCUGGCAUUUCAGCUGCCAUAUGUCCUUUCUAGGCUAGAAAGGGGAUGGCUUUGGUUAAUUCAAAAGAGUGUGGUUAGAAGGGAGCUGCCAUUUAAAAAAAUUCUUUGUUUUGAAAACAAGCCUCCUGUUCUUAGUUCUCAGGAAGGAGAUGGCCAUGCCCAACACCAGUAGUGUACAAGUUUCCUUGGCCUCCCUGCUCAGUUGAUCCCUCUGGCUCUCUUUUUUCUUCUUAUACCCAGUUGUCUAAUACGCAGAUACGUUGCACACUACUUUGGGCUGAGCUGAAGAAAGUUGGAGUGACAGCACAUUGGAGAGAAAAGCCCCAGAAUAGCUUUUGUAUGAUCCCUCUGUAUAUAAGGUACUCCUUCUAUUCAUGGUUUCUUGCUCCACGGUUUCAGUCACCUGUGGUCAACCACAGUCUGAAAAUAUUAGAUGGAAAAGAUCAGAAAUAAUUCUGAAGUUUUAAAUUUCACACCAUUUUGAGUAGCAUGAUGAAAUCUUGCACUGUCCCUCUAUCCCAUUUGGGAUGUGAAUCAUCCCAUUGUCUAGUGUUUCCAUGCUAUACAUGUUACCCAUUAUUUAGUCACUUUAUAGCUCUUAGUUAUCAGAUCACCUUUCUCAGUAUUAGUAUUGGUGUUCAAGUAGCAUUUUUACCAGUCUCUUAGUGUACCUAAGUUAAAUUUGAUCCCAGGUUUCCGUGUAGGGAAAAUAUAUAGAGAGUGGUAAUAUCCAUGGUUUCAGGUGUCCACUGGGGGUCUUGGAAUGUAUCCCCCUUGAAUCGGGAAUUUCUGUAUUGUUAAUACAGCUUUCUAAAUGUCCUUCCCCAUUUCUACACUACUAUUACUAUGCAUAUUGAAUUUAAGAGCACAGACGAGGUUGACUUUCUAUAAGGCCUAAAUAUUUUGUCUGUUUGGUAAACUGAUUCUCAAGAGGGAUUCUCCAAAAGGACAAGAAUGUGACACUUAAGAACUAUUAAUAAUUUACUUUGGCAUAGUGAGAUGAUCAGAAAUGCCUACAAGAAUGGAGAACUAUAUUAGCAGAUGAUGAGAAUAAAAAUUGGAAAAUAUAGAAAAGAUGCUAAUCAGGACACACUUGGAAAGUGAUAUAGGAUUUCUAUCAUUCUUCCAGUUGUGUUUCCUUUCAGUAGGGAUGUAUGGUCUAUAAUUUGGCAAACUGAAUAUUUACUAGCUUGAAAGUAAAUGGGAGCAUUCACAUAUCUCCAGAGGUCUUUUCAUUAAAUGUAAUCACCUGUGAUUGACAAGUGUGGAGCAGGGAUGUUGCUCCCUAGUCUAGCACAAGCCACAGAGGUGGACAGAACCAGCUGUCAGUGUCCUUAAUCUUACUCAGUGUCACCAUGAAUGCUACAGUGCCAUUCUUUGUGAUAUUUUUAGCUUUUCAUUGCUGUUUCAUGUUGGUUUCUGGGCAGGGAGCUACCAAGAGAGAGACAGUUGGUAUUUUGAGAGUUCCUAAGCUGCCCUGGUAUAUGGGUCUCUGCAUUGGAAAAUAGAGAAGCGUCUUUAUCCCUACACUGAGGGCUGUCUCCCACCCUACCUGUUGAGUCAUGGAUUAGAAUAACCUAGUAGGGGAUUUGCAACUUUGGGAGUAAGGGUGGGAGAACAGACCAUAUGAUUUCAGUUUAAAAUAAACAUACUUUGGUAUGCUGUUUGGUUAACCAGAGGAAGCAUGAUUUUUUUAAGGUUUAUAUUUGAAAUAACUUAUUUAUAAAUAUGAAUUGUCCUUUUAAAAUUAAUAGAACACUUAGGCUAGGAUUGUGGCUCAGAGGUAGAGCACUCUCCUGUGCAUGCGUGAGAUAUUGGGUUCGAUCCUCACACCACCUAAAAGUAAAGAUAUUGUGUAAAAUUAAUAGAACACUUAAGCAUACCAGAAGAAGCAUCAGAUAUUAGCUAAUGUAGUCUGCUUGUAAUUAGUUGCCAUUGAAGCAUUCACCACUGUCCAGUGUCCCCAAAGAAGGGGACCUAUGUUAAGAAGUGUGGCAGAUAUGUCUGAGGUCAGAUCUAGACUCAGAUCUGCCAGGGGUGAUCUGAUAUGGGGAUGCUGCUCUUGAUGUACAGGGAGGGUAAGGUGUAGGGUCUGCUUAUCAAGCCAGGUUCAUCUGGCAACAGAGAUGGGACCCACCCUUUUGGGAUUGGAACCUGCUGGGUUAAGGUGAAAUGACCCAGUGGUGCCCAACACUGCUAUGUCAAUAUUUCAAAAUAAGUGAAGUUCAUUUUUAGUCAUGUUCCAAGCUCCUUGGCUGUGUAACUCCAGCUUCCCAGGCAACACUACCCUAUGAAACCACCCUUCUUAAGUUAUUUGCAGUGAUCAAAAAGAGCCACUGUACCAAGCAAGACCCACUAUGUAGAUAGUUCAGCCAAGUAAGGAUCAGAGCACGAUACUUAGGCAUUCAAAGCAAGUGCUCAAUGAAGGGAAAGCAAGGAAUGAGAGACUGGUAAGCGAGAAACGAAAGAAGGAGGUCAGACAGAGAUACACAUGUGAGUGUAUUUGUCAGAGAGAGGCAAAAUAGGCUUGGGUUCUGGGACUUUUAUCAGGGAGGCUCAGGAACCAGAGCUGGGCGGGUCCUAAUGUGUUAAGGGUUGGGUUGGUCUGAGGGAGUGGUGAGCCUUUCUCAGAAAGGCCUUUGGGCGGGAAAGCGAAAUUUUUUCCUUAACAUGGCGGCUGUCACUUAAGGUGGCCAUCCAAAUCCCAAGCAAGGACCUUAUACUCAAGCUGCUUGGAGAUAUGCUCUGUGAAGGAUCAAAUGGCAAAUAUUUCAGACUUGGCAGGUCACACAGUUCCUGUCAAAACUACUCAACUCUGCCAUGUAGCAAAAAACCAGCCAGAGAUAAUAUGUAAAUGAGUGAGCAAGGCUAUGUUCUAAUAAAAUUUUAUUAAUGGACUCAAAUAUGAAGUUCAUAUAAUUUUCAUGUGUCACUAAGUGUAUUAGCUCAGGCAGCCAUAGCAAAAUACCACAGAUGGAUGGCUUAAACAGCAGACAUUUUCUCACAUUUCUGGAGGCUGGAAGUACAAUGUCAGGGCUGGGCAGGUCUGGUUUCUCUUGAGGCCUCUUGGCUUACAGAUGACUGUCAACUUGCUGUGUGUUCACACAGGUUUUUUUCUGUACAUGUGCAUCCCUGAUGUCUCUUCCUUAUAUGAACAUCAGCCAGAUUGGGUCAAGUCCCAUCUUUAUGGCCUCAUUUGACUAUCUCCUUAAAAGUCCUAUUUCUAAAUAUAGUUGUGGGAUUAGUGCUUUUAAAAAUUUUGGGCAGGAGUGCACAAUAAUAUAACACCAUCUGUUAUUAUUUUGAUUUUUCCAAACUAUUUAAAAAUAGAAGAUCUUCACUCUGUAUAACUGAGGGAAAGUCUAAAUAAACCCUUCAGCAUCACUUGGGUUUUAGGUGACUUUAAAAGUCAUUCAUUCUGGAGGUCGUGCUGCUGAGCAAUAUGCCAUUAGUCUCCCCCUAGCUUUGCCUUCUUUGGCUGUAGCCUGUCAUCUUCUCAUUUUGCUGGCAUUCUGAAUAAAUAUUUUUCCUUGGUCCCACAACUUGUCCUCAAUUCAUUGGGCCCCUUUUAAAGUAACAAGUAAACAGACUUGGGUUUAGUAACAAUAGGACAAAGAGAAACAUGAGCUGCAUUCAGCUAACAGACUGUGGUUUGGCUAUUGUUCCUGUCUCCAAUAAACCAUGCUUCUUAACAAAGGGAUAAUAAUAUGACACUUAAGAAAUAGUGAUAACUGACUUUGAUUAGGGAGACAGAUGAAGAGGGCCCCUGAUCUAGUGGUGUAUAGAGAAAUCUCAGGUACCUAGGGAACUACCGCCAGGCCCAUGUAGUAUCCAGCAUACUAUGGGUUGAACACAGGGCAGAACAGGGCCACUGUAUUGCCUGGGGAAGAGGUGGACUACCUGAGCUGUGGGUUUUGUUGGGCACCUAUCUGGAGGCCUUUAAAGAGACUGGACAGCAGAGUUAGUGGAAUCGAAGUGAGUGAGGAGCCCAAGGUGGGAGAGAUCCAGUCCUUAAAUGUAGAAUGGUGCUUUUUGAGUUUAGGCUAGCCAGGUACAGCCUGGACAAACACACACUGCCCAGAAAGAGAGGUGCUGCUUCUAGAGGGGGCAUUAGGUGAGCCACUCCCCAGCCUCAGAGUACAACAAGCACUUCCCAGAGGCACACACAGACAUUUCAGGGAGAGCUAAAACCAAAAGAAUGAAACAUCGUUUUCUUUACUGACAUAUCAUGACUUAAUACUAAAUCAAAUUUUUUUCCUUCUCCAUCCCCAAUUUCCUUAGUCAUCUCCUUUCACCUUGCCAUCCCCAGUGAAUGACCAGUCUUGGUGGCUGUCUGCAUAGAUGUCCCCAUCAUUGGGGCCUUAGGAUCAUUUUAGGCAAGAGUACCUGAGACAUUCCUGUUAAUCUUUUCCCUUACACCUUAUUUUGCUACCACUGUUAGCAGUGGGAAUUUGAUUUAAUCAGGUGUGAUUACAGAGCAGACCGAAAUCCUUUCUCAGAUAUUUUCACGACUUGUAACCAAACAUAUCUUAAAUGCACAAUGGACCCAUACCUCACAUACACUCUACCCAACCUAGGUGGUCUGCACUGCCAGAACUAUAACUUUGCCAAUUUUGUAUAUAUUGUAUAAAUAGGAACUUACAACAUAUAGUCUUCUGGGACUGGCUCUUUCACGUAACAUAAUGCUUUCAAGGUUCAUCCAUGUUGUAACAUAUAAGAGUGUUUUAUUUCUUUUUAUUGUGAAAUAUGUAUAUAUAAAAUACAUAUUACAUUUUGUUUAUACAUUUGUCAAUUGAUGUUUCCACUUUGGGGCUGUUAUGAAUCAUGAAUUGCUGACACGUGACAGCUCUUUGACACUUCGUAGAAGAGCCGUAGUGUUUUCCAAAGUGGUUGUGCCAUUUUACAUUCCCAGGAAUCGAGUGCAAAGCUUCCAGUUUCUUGCCAAUAUCUGUUAUUAACUGUCUUCCUGAUUAUAGCCAUCCUAGUGGAUGGAAGUGGUUUCUCAUUCUGGUUUUGAUUUGUAUUUCACUGAUGGCUAAUAGGAUUUGACAUCUUUUUACAUGUUUAUUGGUCAUUAAUAUAAUUUAUUUGAAGAACUGUCUCUUUAAAUCCUUUCAUUUUAACUAAAGAUUUUUAUUGGUGUUUUAUAAUUACACAUAAUAAUGGGUUUCAUUGUGACAUAUUCAAACAUAAUUUGGUCAUUUAAAUUCUUUGUGCAUUUUAAAUUGGGUUAUUAAUCUUUUAUGAAGUUGUAAGAGUUUUUUAUAUAUUCAGGAUGCAAGUCAUAUAGGUAUAUAAUUUACAAAAGUUUUCUUCCUUUUGUUUUCAUUUUUCUGAUGAUGUCAUUUGCACUAUGAAAUUUUUAAUUUCAAUGUAGUCCAAUGUAUUCUUUUGCUGUUUGUGUUUUUGGUACCAUGUCUAAGGAAGCAUUGACCAAUCCAAAGUCAUAGAGAUUUACUCCUAUAUUUUCUUUUUUCUGUAUUUUUAUAGGUGCAUUUUAAUUAUACAUAAUAGUUGGACUUGUUGUAAAUUCAUACACACAUGAUAUAACAAUAUAAUUUGGUAAAAUAUAUAUUUCCUUCUAAUA